UUUCCCCGCCCGUAGCGCCCGAGGCCGUGCCGGCCUCCAGAGCCGCCUACCGACACCCGCGCCGGCCUCUCUGCGCGCCUCCGCGGCGGGCAGGCAGGGGAGGGGGCAACCGCGGCGGCAGGAGCGGGAGCGCACUGCCUGGCGCCAGUCCCUGAAGAGAAGAAACAAAGCAGUGACUAAAGCUAAUGGGCAAAAGAAGCUGAGCUGAGGGAAGAUUACCUCUGCUUGUGGCUGCUGAUUGAUGAACUUAUAUUGCUACUUCUGCACUUGCAUUUGAGAAGAGACAUAGAUCAUAAGAGUUUGCAAUGGCAAUGCUCUGGAAAUUCAUGAGGGUAGCUAAGUAUUCUAAAACAGCUUUGCUACCAAAAGUGAAGGUAAGAGGAAUUCCCACCCAUUUGAGGCAUUCUUCAUCCAAGUCUGUACCUUCAGAGUUUGCUGCCAGCACACCCUGCUCAAAUACUGUGGAACUGCUUGGUAAAGCUUAUGCUCAAGAUGACUACAGCAACGUCACAGAGAAGAUUCUUUCCAAGGUGGGGAAGAACUUGCACAACAAAAAGCAUCAUCCUUUGUGGCUAAUCAAGGAACAGAUAAAGGACCACUUCUACAAACAAUAUGUAGGACGCCGUGGGAAUCCGCUUUUUUCUGUCUAUGAUGGUCUUUCUCCUGUGGUUACAGUACAGCAGAAUUUUGAUAGUUUGCUUAUCCCACAAAACCAUGCCAGCAGAAGUAAAGAGGAUAACUACUACUUGAAUCGUGGUCACAUGCUAAGAGCACAUACAUCAGCUCAUCAGUGGGACUUGAUACACUCUGGCCUAGAUGCCUUUCUGGCAGUGGGAGAUGUCUACCGCCGUGAUACGAUUGAUAACACCCACUACCCAGUCUUCCAUCAGAUGGAAGGAGUUCGGCUCUUCUCAUGUCAUGAGUUGUUCUCCAACAUUAAGGAUGGUGAAGGCUUGCAGUUGUUUGAGCAAGGUCAUCGCACUGCUCACAAGCAAGAGUGUCACACCAUGGAGGCAGUGAGGCUGGUGGAGUUCAACCUGAAGCAAGUGCUCACAAAGCUCAUGACUCACAUCUUUGGUAAUGGACUGCAAGUCAGAUGGGUAGACUGCUACUUUCCGUUUACUCACCCUUCCUUUGAGAUGGAGAUCAACUUCCAGGGAGAAUGGAUGGAGGUUCUGGGCUGCGGGGUCAUGGAGCAACAGCUAGUUAACUCAGCUGGUGCUCGGGAUAAAAUUGGCUGGGCAUUUGGCUUGGGUUUGGAGAGGCUGGCCAUGAUCCUGUACGAUAUCCCUGACAUUCGACUGUUCUGGAGUGAAGAUGAACGCUUCUUGAAACAGUUUGUUGUGCCUCAUAUUUGGCAAAAAAUAAAAUUCCAGCCACUCAGCAAAUAUCCACCUUUGAUCAAUGACAUCUCCUUUUGGCUACCUUCUGAGACAUACUCCAAGAAUGAUUUCUAUGAAUUGGCUCGAACCAUUGGUGGAGACCUGAUAGAAAAGGUUGUCCUAGUGGAUGAAUUUACCCAUCCAAAGACAAAGAAGGUCAGCCAUUGCUACCGGAUCAUUUACCGCCACCCAGAGAAGACUUUAACGCAGGAUGAGGUGCAUCGCAUCCAUCAAGCUAUUGAAGAAUCAGCAGUUCGAGAACUUGGGGUUGAGGGCAGGUUCUAGCAUCACUGCUUGGAAGCCCUAAUGACAGUUGAAAUUUCCUUUUCUU